AUGUCAUUAUCAACGCUCGUCGGUUCUCUGGCCGUCAUUUUUAUCCUGAAACUGCUCUACGACAGGAUUAGGAGCCCCUUAGCCCAUAUCCCCGGUCCCGAAAUUUCGAAAUGGACGGGAAUAGUCACCAUAUUCUACUGGUUUGCUGGAAAGAAGCCAAACUAUGUGCAUUCCCUACAUCAGAAAUAUGGCCCUGUUGUUCGCGUUAGUCCCGAGGAGGUCGAUAUUUGCGAUGUUGAUGCCGUAAAGGUAAUCCACAGAGCCAGAGGAGGGUAUCUCAAACUGGCACGGUUCUAUCGCACGUUGUCGGCCGUUGAGACUGUGUUUUCCACUACAGACCCGGCGUUUCAUUCCGCUCAUCGACGUCUGCUCGCGAAUCCUAUCUCGGACUCUUCUCUGACACGUUUUGAGCCGCUUAUCUCUGAUAGAGUUCACUUGGCUGUUAAUAGGAUGUCUAACGAGCUAGAGUCUCGUGGCGUUAUGGACGUGUUCAAAUGGUGGUUCUACAUGACAACCGAUGUCAUCGGGGAAUUGAGCUUUGGCGAGUCAUUCCGCAUGUUGGAUUCCGGAGAGAAAAACCAAUACAUCACGGAUCUUCAAAGUCUUGGCGCGAUCUCGCCCAUCCGAACAACGUUCCCUUCGCUCGUGCUACUGGCAUAUCGUCUCCCUCUCCCCGUCUUCCGAAAAGUAUCCGACAUGAGCAAGAGAUUGAAAGAAUACGCCCAACAAUCAAUCGACCGUUACAAGCGCGUGAUUGAAGAAAGCGACGACCCAAAGCCCACCCUGUUCACUAAGCUGUACAACGCCGGCAAAGAUGGCAUGUCUGACGUCGAAAUUAGAAACGACGCGCAGGCAUAUAUAGUCGCCGGAAGUGACACAACCGCUAUCACUUUGACCUAUCUCGUCUAUUCAGUCUGCAAGGAUGUGAAUGUCCGCGAGAAACUCGUGGCCGAGGUCGCUUCUCUUCCGGAGGGGUACACUGACAGAGCACUUCGGGAUUUACCCUAUCUCAACCAGGUCAUCGACGAGACUUUGCGGUUGCAUACUGUGGUUUCUAUGGGUUUGCCGAGGGUUGUUCCGCAAGAGGGGGCAAACUUGUCCGGUUAUCAGCUUCCUGGUGGCGUUGCUGUUGCUACGCAGGCAUAUAGUCUCCACCGCAAGGAAGAUAUAUUUCCUGAACCAUAUAAAUUCAACCCUGGGCGAUGGGAAACCCCUAGUAAACAAAUGAAAGAUGCCUCUAUGCCAUUUGGUGGAGGCUCACGCAUCUGCAUCGGCAUACACCUUGCCCGCAUGGAACUACGUCUAGCAACAGCACUUUUCUUUCGGACCUUCCCGCAGGCCCACGUAUCAGCAAAGGAAGGAAUGUCAGCCGAGGAUAUGGAGAUGAAGAGCUACUUCUUGAUGUCACCGAAGGGGCAUCGCUGUCUUAUUGAAGGGUAG